AAUGAGGGCGGCCGAGCGGGUCGAUGAAUCCAAGAUGGCGGAGCGCGGCGGGCGAAGCGGCGGCCGGAGAGGCGGCGGGGCCGGCGUGGCUUCCGGAGGCGGCGGCCUGGACAAGAGCAUCACCCUCCCGCCGGACGAGAUCUUCCGCAACCUCGAGAACGCCAAGCGCUUCGCCAUCGAUAUCGGUGGGUCAUUAGCCAAACUGGCGUAUUAUUCGACGGUGCAACAUAAAGUCGCCCGAGUGCGCUCUUUCGAUCAGACUGGGAAGGACAUAGAACCCGAGUCGCCGUACGAAAUCACCGUCCAAGAGGAGAUCACGGCCCGGCUGCACUUCAUCAAGUUUGAGAACACCUACAUCGAGACCUGCCUGGAUUUCAUCAAAGACCACCUGGUCAACACGGAAACAAAAGUCAUCAAAGCCACCGGCGGCGGGGCCUACAAAUUCAAAGACCUGAUUGAGAGGAAGCUGGGAUUAAAGUUAGAUAAAGAAGACGUCAUGACUUGCUUAAUUAAAGGAUGUAACUUUGUGCUCAAGAACAUCCCCAACGAGGCCUUUGUGUACAUGAAGGACGCGGAUCCUGAGUUCCGGUUUCAGAUGAACCAUCCACACAUUUUCCCCUAUUUGCUUGUUAAUAUUGGAUCUGGGGUGUCUAUAGUCAAGGUGGAAACAGAAGAUAAGUUUGAAUGGAUCGGCGGCAGUUCUAUUGGCGGAGGCACAUUUUGGGGCCUUGGAGCAUUGCUUACCAAAACAAAGAAAUUCGACGAGCUGCUGCAUCUGGCUUCGAAGGGUCAGCACACCAAUGUCGACAUGCUGGUGAAGGACGUCUACGGCGGGGCCUACCAGACCCUUGGCUUGAGCGGAAAUCUCAUCGCCAGCAGUUUCGGGAAAUCUGCCACCGCAGACAAAGACUUUUCCAAAGAAGACAUGGCCAAAAGCUUGCUCCACAUGAUCAGCAACGACAUUGGACAACUGGCCUGUCUCUACGCCAAGCUCCACAACCUGAACAAGAUCUAUUUCGGAGGCUUCUUCAUCCGAGGACACCCGGUCACCAUGCGCACCAUCACCUACAGUAUUAAUUUCUUCUCCAAGGGAGACGUCCAGGCUUUGUUCCUGAGACAUGAAGGCUACCUGGGAGCCAUCGGGGCGUUUUUAAAAGGAGCAGAACAAGACACGUUCUCGAAACAGAGCCACAGUUUGGGUUCGAAGAAGCGAAGGAGAAAUUGCAAGAACGCCCCUGGCUUGAGGAUUCCUACCCCGAAUGGCUGGAACGGCUUAAGGCCCCUCCUCACAAAUGUGCCUUAAUUUUUGCGGACAACAGCGGCAUCGACAUCAUUUUGGGCGUUUUCCCUUUUGUCCGGGAGCUGCUCUCGAGGGGCACCGAGGUCAUAUUGGCCUGUAAUUCGGGGCCGGCCCUGAAUGACGUGACCUACAGCGAAUCCCUGCUCGUGGCCGAGCGGAUCGCGGCAACUGAUCCGGUCAUACGAUCUGCCUUGAAGGAAGAGAAGUUGCUCUUGGUGCAGACAGGCUCUAGUUCGCCAUGUUUGGACCUGAGCCGCCUGGACAAAGGCCUGGCCAACCUGGUCCGGGAGCGGGAGACAGACCUGGUGGUCAUCGAAGGCAUGGGCCGAGCCAUCCACACCAACUACGACGCGGCCCUGGAGUGCGAGAGCCUCAAGCUGGCCGUCAUCAAGAACUCCUGGCUGGCCGACCGCCUCGGCGGGAAGAUCUUCAGUGUCAUUUUCAAGUACGAGGUGCCCCUCAAAUGAGAGAGAGACUCCACACGAUCCUUGCCGGAACGGGACUUGCACUAGCUUCCUUUUAAUUGUAAAGAAUGUAUUUUUAUUACCGCACCGGGGGUGGGCGGGACGGGGAACGGAUGGGGACGGGGACUUGAGUUCACACAAACAAUUGCAUAUUUAUAUUGUGCUAACUCA